GUGGAUUGAUGUGUUUGCAAUAGUUUUACAUUUUUUAAAAAAAGAAUUUCAAAUUUACUUCACUAAAAAACUAAAAUUCUGCAUACAAAUUAUAUGAAAUUCAAAUUGAAGUCAACAUGGAUGAAAAACGUAAAACAAAAGAAACAAACACCUUUCGGUUUAAAUCAUUUGCCGAUCGAGUAACCGAAAUCGACAUCCGUCGCUCGGCCCUCUACCACAUUGGCCAUGUCAACGAGGAACUUCCCGAAGACGAUGAGACUUACUUCCAUCAGACCAUCAAGAAGUGGAGUGUCCUCAAUUUGACCGAUGAAUUCAAUCAAUUUAGCAAGAAGUGCAAUGGCAUCGUGACUCUGCCACAAUUACUCCACAAGAAGGACUUUGUUGUGGAUCAUCUGCUGGAGAAACUGUCGACAGCCACUAAUUUAUCACUCCAGCCGCUGCUUGAGAUCUUGGUCGUGUUGGGGCGGGAUCUGCGCGAGGAGUUCUAUGCGUAUUUUCAGCGAAUACUCGAUAGACUCAUCUGUCUGCUGAACACCAAAGAUCCCGACCAACUAGAAUGGACGCUCAUAUGCCUGGCUUAUCUCUUCAAGACGAUGAAACCGUUUCUCAAGCGAAACAUCGGUGUGGUCUUCCAUGCCAUUCUGCCGCUCCUCGAUGAGAAUCGCUACUCCGAAGAUGUGACCAAUUUCGCAGUUGAAUGCUUCUCUUUCAUCGCCAGAGAUCUUAAAGACUAUGGAAAACUUCUGGAUAUCAUUCUAGGAACUGUGGAAAAAGAACAGCUCCAAAGUAUUCAAGGCUGUGGGAGGUUGUUCUUUGAGAUUGUUCGCGGUGUUAAAGGUCUUUUCCAUAGCAUCGCUGAUAAAUUCCUUGAAUUUCUCUUCGAGAGUGUCCUUAAGACCGAACAGAAGCGCCGCCAAGACCUCCUCUUCGAAGUCGUCUCCACGACAGUUGGUGAAAUCCUGAAAUUCAUCCACCCCCACAACAUUGGUCUACUGUGGGUAGUAUUUUGUCGAGUGGUUAACUCCGGAUUGGGAGGAAAUAAUGUAAAUUCUUUGAUCCUCCUCAUGUCACAAGCAGCACAAUGGAGAGAUGGUCGAUUCUUGGCCGAAAUGGACACACUCGUUCCGACAAUUCUCAAAGUAAUCGACUCAUCCUCUGAGGACGAUCGAAUCCUUCUCGAUAACAUUUGCACUCUGGUCAGCGUGAUUCUUCUAUCGACCAAUGCCAAAGUCUCCCAACUCGACACCAGUCGCAUGAUCAGAAAAAUGAUGCAAAUAAGUCAACGUGAGAUCUACGAAACCUUCAUAAUCCGAAUUUCCACUCACACACAAUUCGAGAUUUUAGUCUUGCCCGAUCUGUUGAAGUUCUUCGAAAGCAACUUCGAUCAACAAAGUCUGGAAUUGAUGGCUCAAAUUGUUCUACAAAAAUCUCCACUUGUAAAAAAUGGCCAAAAAUUGGGUGAAUGGAAGAAAUACCCACUCCAGAUGAAAAAACAAGACACAUUAAACAGAUUCGAGAAGAUUUUCAAGGACUAUACUGGACAAGAAUGUGAGACAGAUGAAGAAUUCUUCUUGAGCCUUAUCCUAGCUCCUCACAUUGUGGGUCUUGAUUUGAAGGUCGUCCAAGUGAAAUGUCAGAAACUCAUUCGAGAAAUUGUCGAAGCACAAGACCAGAACGAAAAAGCGUUGUUUAAAUUAUCAUUACUCAUUGAGACGAGUAUACACUUGGAAUCCACUUGGAAGGACAAUAUUUUGGGACAGAUUGUAACCUUCAUCCUGCCCCACUGCAGAAGCUGCAACUCCGCUCUGGAAAUUCUUGAUCAAAUCUGCGCCCUCAAGCCAAAUGUCGUCAAAUCCAAUGACAAGGUCCAUGAAGUCUUGGCCAGCUUACUUAGCUCCCGAUCCAUUGAUAUUCGUCUCCUAAGCUCACACUGUCUCUAUUCCAUCAACAAGUCCAACCCAAGUAGCCCCUACAAACUUUUCUAUGACACCGAGAGCAUCGAACCCACCGUCCAUACCUACAGGGAGCAAAUACUAUUGCUUCAGAAGCUCGAGACAAGUGGUGAGUUCUUUAAAUCCAUCAAAGAGAAUCACUUCAAAGUUGACACUCUGAGAUUCCUCAUGGGAAUGCUCUAUCACAAUUUCAAGUUCCUGUGGGAGCCGGUUCUUAAACUUAUCCAAGAUUACUCCAAGGAGCUAGCGAUUGCAGAUUUUUGGGAAGUUUAUAAACAAAAACUUGACGAAACAGCUGAAGAAAUUGCCAAUUUGGACAAAGGAUUAAAAUCCAAACCAGUUGAAUUCUACUGGAAAAGUUCAGCCCUGAGCUCGUUGCAAUCGGCUGGAAACAAGGAAUCCUCAAGACAGGAACUGAUCAACUAUAGAAACCUGAUUUGGAGCAAGAUCUCAAGCUAUGGACAGAUCAGAGAGGUGAAGAAUCGUGAAUUGGUGACAAUGUUUUUGCAAUUUGUCCACGAUGAGUACAAAGCCAAUCAACAGAAGAAACUCUUCACCUGGGACAUUUCUCAAGACGAUGACAAACAAAGCCCCGAUGAUGACGAUGAAGAUGAUGAUGAAAUGGAGGUGACUACAAGUAGUAGAAAGAAACCAUCGACAUCCACCAAGAUGAUUGUGUCGACAUUGACGAGUAAAAUGGGAAUUUUCGUGAAUCAACCAAAUCCCAAAGCCCUACAUAGAGAGCCUGAGUUGUAUGGCUUCUAUAUGGAACUGCUCUCAGGAAACGAUCCUGCCUUGCAGAAGCUCGCCCUAGAUUGUGUCAUGGCCUACAAACAUAAGUCCAUCAUGCCCUACAAGGAUCAUCUCUAUGCGCUGAUCGAUGAAAAGAAAUACCGAGAUGAGUUGACUAGCUUCAAGAUCCAUCAAGCCGCUGGAACAAUCCAAGACGAACAUCGUGAGGAACUCAUGAAGAUUCUCCUCCGGAUUCUCUACGGAAAGAUGACCACCAAGACGACUCAGAAGAAUGUGAGUAGCCAGGUGCGGAAGGGCAUCAUUUUGAGAUUUCUAGGUGGGUGUUCAACCGAGGAGAUCCUGUGGUUCCUUAAGAUGGCUUUUGGUAUGUACGAUCAGAUUAUCGAAGCUGAUCUGGAGGACAUUCCCAACAAAGUCAAAGAACACUUUAAUGUAACUGCAGUGUGGUCACCAAAGAAACUCCAGAGCACCAUAAACCUGCUCGAACUCAUCCGCAAACAAUUCGGUGGUCUUAUGAAGGAAGACUUCCUCAUCUACAUGCUCAAGUUGAUAACUUUCGUUGGAAGCGUUUGCAAAGAAGUGAUAACUAAAGCCUCUGAUGAGGAAGCUCAUAUUCAUCCCAAGAUGUCGACGAUAUUCAAGAACGUCAAGAACACAGCCCUUUUGAGUUUGGUGAACUUCUUUGAGCAUUUCCAGAGCUUUGGCUGGACCAAGAGUCAGAUGGCUACUCUAGCGGAGAUAUUUGUUUGGGGAACCAUUGAGAAACUCCCUCAAGACAGUAUUCACUCACCCACACCCGUGCUGAAGCUCCUCCUGCAAUGGGCUGAAAUUCCAAAGCUCUAUGGCUAUCUCUCGACGCAGCGGAAUGGAGCUACACCGUUCCAAUAUAUCGUUGAAUUGCUGCUGAAUGAAAAAUCCAAGCCCCCGGUUCGGAAGCCAAUCAUGGGAAUCAUUGAGAAACUUCUUACCGUUCAGGCCGAGGAUCAGGAGGUGGAUGGGGUCGAAGUGAUAAGACCGCACAUUUUACAGAUCCUCAAACGUCUAAAGAUGAAUUUCAGCUCCAGUGGCAAAAACUCUCGUCGUCGCACGAAUCUGGACAAGAGGGAUCUUAAUAUUCUCUCACAGCUCACUCAGCAUGUUGAUGAUGCCGAGACCUGUGACAGCCUUCUUCAGCUUUUGUUGCCAAUCUUGAUUAGCCAGAGCAGCACUUCGGAGGAGGUGGUGUGCCAAGUUAUUACCACCCUCUCGAACCUCAUUAAGAAGCUGGAUGAGCCUGAGUCGUAUCUGCGAAAGAUAGCUCCUCUCUUUGAACAGGUUCAGGAGGUGUCUGCCCGAAAGAUGCUCUGUCAACUCCUGAUUGACAUUGGAAAGAGAAGAGCGGCGGUGAAGGAAACAGCUUACAUCAUAAGAGCAUUGAACGCCUGGGAUAAACGAUGGGUCGAGCAACCGGACUAUGAUAAGCGAUUGGAUGCCCUCAAGGCCAUCAACGGGAAACUUGAAGACGAAUCGAUUGGAGGAGUUGAUUUGGAUCUUGGAGUUCUGGUGAUUUACAAUUGCUUCCAUUUCAUCAAAUACGACAAGGACAUGGGAUUGAGGGACAAUGCCUGUGAGCAUCUUCGACUUCUGGUGCCGAAAUUGAUCAAGAAAUACGAGUCAAGUCGAAAGGACAUCGAUUACCUGGUGGGCGACAUCCUCCUGAACCUGAUUCGGAGAGCUAUCAGGGAUAGCAAUGAGAAUGUCCACAACGAAGGCAUCCGACUGCUGGGUGAGAUGGUGAGGCAGUGUUCCAGCGCCCACCAAGUUCUUGUUGAUAUGAAAGAUUUGGCCGACGCGCAAGAUCCAGAAGUUGAUUUCUUCGAGAAUAUGACUCAUCUCCAGAGUCAUCGACACGGCAGGGCAUUGUUGAAGUUCUGUAGCGUAGCCAAAACUCUGACAGUGGCUCCGAACCAGAGGACUCUGAUGCAAUUCAUUAUGCCACUGGCUUCGAGGUAUUUACUGAAUGAGAAACAUGCCGCCAAGCAUACUCUGGUCGAUGCGGCCAUAGAAGCUCUGGGAACUGUUUGUCAGCUCCUACCAUGGCAGCAUUAUCAAGCUGUGCUGAAGUUGUACCUGCAGAAGAUGAGAACCAGCCAAGAACACCAAAAACACUGCGUCAGGAUUGUUGUGCGGAUAUUGGACGCUUUUCACUUCGACCUCUCCCAGGCGUCGGGAGACAAAAGUUCGUUGGAAGCUUUGAAAGUCAAACUGCUUGAGGAGAAGCCAAAAGAAGAGCGAAUCGAGAAGACAGUGAAAAAAGAAGAAGAAGAAGAUGACGAAGGAUCUGGCGAGGAAGAAGAGGUAGAUUCAGAUUUAGAUGAAAUCGAAGACGAAGAAGAUGAAGAGGAGGAGCAUAAACCGGCGAAGAUAGCAAUCCUGGACAGCCUGACGGUGUUGCACAAGAACUCUGCCAAGCGAGUAAUGCAGACAAUCGCCACCAUUUUGAUACCAACUCUCAAUCGAUCCAUUACCGAGAAAAGUUCCUACGAUGGCAAACACAAAAUAAAUCGCAAGCGUUUCAGCUUCGAACGUGAAGAAGAAGAGAUUCAAAGAGUUCCAAUUGGUUUGGCUCUUGUGAAACUUAUGCAAAAGCUUCCCAAAGAAGUGUUGGACACAAGUCUGCCUGGGGUCUUCAUGAAAGUUUGUACAUUCCUUAAGUCACCAUUGAAGUCGGUGCGAAUGCUCACCAGGGAUAUCUUGAAGAAGAUCAUGUUGACUCUUGGUGCUAGUUAUUUGGCCAUGUUGCUGGACCAUUUGACGAGUUUACUGACUCGGGGAUUCCAAGUCCACGUCCUCUCGGUGACAGUUCAUGGGAUUUUGGAUGCUCUGAGGGACAUUAUCAGGCCUGGCGACAUCGAAGCGUGUUUGAGUAAUAUUUUGGAAGUCACCCUGAAUGACAUUUUUGGAGAAUUGGCAGCCGAGAAGGAAAUCGAAAAAAUUACAGCCCACACUCCGGAGGCAAAGCCAAGCUCGAAGAGUUAUCUGGUUCUGCAUAUAAUUUCAAGAAAUAUUCAAGAAUCUUGUCUGCUAGACAUUCUUGUGCCAUUCAAAGACUACCUGGCCAAGAGUCAAUCGAAGAAGAUGACCUCGAAGAUUCAAGACUGCUUCCAGAAAAUCGUCACCGGAUUAGUUGAGAAUCCUCACAUAUCCCGAGAAUCCCUAUUGAUUUUUGUCUACGGAACAAUGUCCGAAAGCAUUCCCGAUCUGCUUCCCGGUGUCGAGACGAAGCCUCUAAGUGAGAACGAAAAGGAGAAAAUGCGUCGAGCACGUCCGGACUGUUUCAUCAUUCAACCAGAGCCUAAAUUCCGUGCAGGCGCCUUGCGGAAGAAUGUGAAGAACAAUGCCCAAGCAAAUGCACAUAUCCUCAUUGAAUUCGGUCUGGAGAUGCUUCACAUUGUCCUCAAACGAAAGAAGCUCUCCGAAAUUGCCUACGAACCGUUUUUGAAUCCCGUCCUGCCACUAAUUCGAGACUCCCUCAAGAGCACCCACAUUCGAGUCACCACCUUUGCCCUGAAAUGUGUUACAUCGAUUUGGAAUGAAGCCUACGAGCUGCCGGAAUUCAAGAACUACCUCGACGACAUUGUCGGUAGGUUGUUUGAAAUCUUGCAAAACUUCUCUACCUUUGGAGCGACCAAGCAGGAGGAGAACUUCCAGUUGGUGAAGAACGCCUUCAAGUGUGUUGUGGCUCUGUUGAGGAAGUGCACGGAAUACAAGUUGAAUGAGGUUCAAAUCGAUCAGUUGAUCUACUACAUCGAACAUGAUCUCCAUGAGGGUGGAAAUCAGACCAUGGCGUUCUCGCUCCUCAAGGCACUGGUCAAUAGAAAGGUGGACACUAAGGAAAUGCACGAAAUUAUGAUAAAGCUACGAGAGAUAACGAUUGUGUCUCCAUCCGACUUUGCCAGAGAUGAGUCGCGGGCCAUUCUGAUGACCUACAUGAUGGAGUACACCCUGAAGAACCGAGUCGAGAGCUAUUUGAAGUUCUUCAGCCGACAACUGGAUUACUCGCUUCCGAGUGGACGAUUAUCAGCCAUACAGUUUCUGAACACAAUCAUCAAGAAGUAUCCGCAGAAUGUGCUCGCCAAGAAGGCAGAGUUCAUAUUUGUCUCACUUGGAGCUCGGCUGGUUAACGAUGACAUGUCGGAAUGUAGGAAAGCUGUCGCUGAGUGUAUUGAACUGCUGAUAGGUCGUUUGGAGAUGGGGACACGCCAGGCUCUCUUCGAUGUGACCUUGCUCUUCUUCACCGCCGACAAGCCGUCUGUUAGGGAAAUGGCGGCGAUGUUGUGUUCGAGGUUCCUGGCCACAGAAAAGGAAGAAUUUGAGCCGCGAGUGAAAGUUGUCCUACCAUCGUUAAUCGGUCGUCUCAUGUUAAAUAAUCCAAAUGCUCCAGGUCGGUUUGUGAGGGCUCCAGGUGGAGGAAGUAUUGAUGACUCAGAAGAGCCAAUACACCAUAAACAAAAAGGUAAAAACGGCAAGAGAUUCCAUAAACCUCCGGCGUUGACCGAAGAGCAAAUCGAGCUGAAUGAAGCGAUAAAGCAGCGAGAGAUCGACCACGAACUAAUCCAGAUGCAGAAUUGUAUUUUGAAAAUCCUGGAGUACUGCCCAGAUGUCUUGAAUAAAGAGGACUUUAAUGUGCUGAUCGAUGAAUUGGCAAAUGAAUCACAAAAGCUACUUGGCUACGAACACGAAUGGGUUCGUGUUAAUUCGGCCAAGAUCCUGGCCAUCAUCUUAUCCACUUAUGACUUUUCACUCGUUGGCCAAAUCAUAACAAAGACUGCGAAAAAAGAAGACACUCAGAGGGAUUACGUUUAUUUGAAUCCGAAAAACGAUAUCAAGAGUUUGGUGUUGGAUUUGUGUGCGCAAGUUGUGCCCGGCGAGACGAAUCCACAAAUGAUGGACGAGAUUGUUAAGGUGUUCCUCUUUGUGGCCAAUAUGCUGAGGGAUGUCCCAUUCAAUGGGGUGGGUGUGAAAGUGAAGAACGAAGAUGACGACGAAGAUGAAGAUGAGAUCGAAGAUCUUCAGAACGAUCGAAGUAAGAUAAAUCUUGCUUGGUUGGCGAAGAAUAUGAGGUUUUUGGCCAACAAAGAAUUGGUUUUGGCUUCCCAUAGUUGCAUAGCGAGAUCAGCUAUCUUCACUCUCAUCGAAGGUCUGAUAACUCUUCUGGAGACCGACACUGUGAAUAAACUUGCUCAUAGUGUUCUUUCGAUACUUCUUCGAGAAAUGUCGGAAGAAGAUCUCAAUGUCGAUCCUCAACUAAGGCAACAAGCUAUAAGAGUUGGUAGUAAAUUACGCAAACGCAUAGGAUCCGAUGUCUAUGAUAAGCUUAGAUCGAGUCUUCAAAUGAGACUAAUGAUGCGUAGAGCAGAGAGGAAGAAGCUUAUAGCACAAGAGAAAAUAAACGAUCCAGUGAGAGCGGCUAAGAGGAAAAUUAGCAUACAAGAGAGGAAAAAGGCUUCAAAGAAACGUAGGGUAGAUGUGAUUCGAGGAAAAGCUGAGGGUAAGAAGAAGAGGAAGCGAAAAGCUGAAGAAGAUAUCUUUUAGUUUUUUUUUCUUAGUAAUUUUAAGAUUUUUUAGUUUGACGUAAUAAAAAAUAUUUGUAAAUAUUUUUUCUUAA